UGCCGGUGCCCGGGCAUUGCCGAGCCGGUGCCCGGCCUUUGCCGUGCCGCGGGCAUUGCCGGUGUCCGGGCAUUGCCGAGCCGCCGCCGCCGCCGCCAUGAGCGCCCCGCAGCCCCGAUUUCUUGAAACCUAUAACAGUCUUACAGACAAACACCUGGUUGGAUAUUUCAACAAUGCCAGGAUAAGACGACAUCUUCAGAAAUCAGGACUGAUCUCAAGGAGUGGAAGAAUAAUACCAGAGAAAGAAUACCGUCUCCAUGCCAUGAGAAGGGACCACCAGAGACAGGCCCUGGAGUGCCUGGCUAAUGCCAUAUCUCAUAAGAUCCUUGACAUGGAGCGUCAUCACCAGCGGGAGAUAAAAAGGAGGGUUGAACAUUCUGUGAGGAGCGACAGGAUGCAGCCACUCAAGGUGCACCAUGUAAGAAAUUCAGUGGAAGAAAUCGUCCGUGUGCACUGCCCACACCCACCGCUUGCUCCGAGGUGCCACCACGAGCUGUGUCCUUUGGCGGCCAGAGAACGAGCUGGCCGUGCACAGUGGAGGGCACAUGGAGUUGAUUGUUGUGGUGGACAUUAUCCUCAUCAGCACCGAACCAUGGAGCCUGCCCUCUCUAAGGUGAGUUCCUUGCGACCCAAUACGGCUCCAGGAAAUGUGCAGCAGCCCCCUCACCUCCAGCCCCUCCACGGCUGGGCUGCAGCCAGGUCGGUACCAAAGGCUUCCAAACAGAAGUGCCAUGUACUGGAACAUGAUCAGCAGUGUGUCCGUGGGGGGGAGAGGCACGCCUUGCGGCUGCUGAGCUCGGCGGGGCGCACGGCGGGCGCGGCCCCGCUCCGGCUCCCCGCCUUCGGGCGCUGCUGCCCGGUCCCGGUGUCGGUGUCGGUGCCGGUGUCGGUCCCGGUGCCGGUGCCGGUGCCGGUGCCGCCGCCCCGCCUGCGCAGGAGGCGCCGCCGCGCCCGGGCGCUCCGGCCAGAGCCGUCCACGGCGCGGCGCUUCUACCCCACCACGGCCUUCAACGAGCAGGUGCUGGUCAGGAAUACUAGAGGGUACCCCAAGUCCCCGUUGUGCAGCAACGCCUUUGUCACCAUGGUCUACCGAGGAAAGAGUAAGCACGUGUCUCUCCGUGAGUUCAAGGAUGAAAUCAGAGUCGAUCAGCAACACUGUGGAACAGAAAACAUUUGUGUCUAUAGAGGCCAGCUGUUGGAAGGAGAUACCUUCCAGUUCACCUCCAAGAGGCACCUGGGUUUCCCAUUCAGCCUCACCUUUUAUCUCAACGGGCUGCAGGUUGAGAGGCUGAGCUCUUGCUGUGAGUACAGAUAUCAGAGGUGUUCCCAGCUGCGAGGCACAAACAGCUACUUCAGGGUUCUGCAUGUGACCGGAGCCCCUCCCUGCUACAGGUGCAUUACUGCGAUGGGUCUGGACAAAAAGCUAUUCCCCCCCAAGAAGAGGAAGACUAGGUGCUGUCAGAGGCACGUGUGUUGCUGGCAUCAUGCUAUGCACUGUCACCCAUGUGACUGCAGCCUUGAGCGUGGAUCAGGGGAAGAUUCAGCAUCAGUGAUCAUACGUGCUCUUGAAGCGAAUGGGGAGACUGUUGCGGACACUCUGGAUACUGCAGAGGAGUCCAGCGAUGAGGAAACAGAAAACCAGUCCAGUCAGGAGAGCGAAGACAGCCAGCCAGACAUCAGUAACAGUGAAUAUGAUGAAGAUUUUGAACCAGAUGAAGAAGUUAAUGAAGAAGGAAAGACUGGUGAUCAAAUGAAUAGAAUGCCAGAGUCAUCCUCAGAUGAUAAAAACCAUAAUUUAGACUAUGGAAAGGAGAGUGAAACCUUAUCCCAGAAGGGACUGCAGGCUUCUGACAGUGAGAAAGAUGAAAGUGAUGGAUAUUCUGAUGACGAGGGCUCUGAAGAUGAGCAACAAGAGAGGAGGCCUGCAGACUCUCUCUCAUCCAUGAGCACUCAGUGCAGCACUGAGACUGACUCUCAUUCUGACACAAGGACAGACAAUGUGAAUGGCAAAGAGGACUGCAAUAUCAGAGGUACCUCUGAUAGCCCAGAACAUGCACACUAUGGAAAUGAGAAUGGGGAGAAGAAACUGCUCAGAAUGGAGGGAAAUCAGGAGACUUCUGCACUGGAAAAGAAAGGAAUAGAUGAAGCAGAACAGGCAAAACCAGAAGCUCUAACAGCAAGGGAAGAUACUCGAAUUUUUCAUGAAAACAUAAUGGCAGUGCAGCAUCACGAUCCUGAGGUUAAUGGGAAAUUCAAACAGACUGAACUGGGAGACAGUAACACGAAUGAGGAGGAGAGGUGUCCUCCAGUGCCUUGGGACAGCAGGGAAUUGAACAUGGAGGAUGGCAACGAAGAGUCUCCUUGGUGUGCGGAGGGUGGGGUUUUUGAAGACUGCAAACCAGUCCAGGAGGAAAUAGCGAAAGCAACUGGAAAUGAUCAUCCUGUGAAUUCUGACCCUGAACCUGGUGAUUUGUGUGCCAGUGAGGAAGAAAAGAAUGCAGCAAAUACAGAGCAUGAUGCCAGUGGAGCACCAGAUGGAAGCUCCUUGGCGGAAGGGAAGAGAAGCCUUGAUGAGCAGGAGGCAGCAGCACGAGCAGUGCGAGAGGAGCAGGGGACAGGGCAGGGACGAGCCCUGGAGCAGGACGGAGCUGCUGAGGGAGGGCUUGGCAGCAGAGAGGGCGGAGGAGAAGCCGCACGGGCAGGGGAUUCCCUGCCCCAGGCAGGCAUGGGGACUGCGCUGGAGGAAUCCGCACCCGAGGAGGGCGCCGUGGCAGAGGAACAUCCCAAAGGAAAGGGAGCAGCGGAGGCAGCAGUGGAGCUGGGCACGGAGGUGUCACCCGGGGAGCAGGAGGUGCUGGUGCAGGGGACGGAGAGAGAGGUGGCACUGGGACAGCCGGCAGCUGGGGCAGAGGGGCCAGCUGGGGCGCUGCCAGGGUGGGAGGCAGACGGAGCCAUGCCCCGGGGGCAGGAGGGGGCUGGGGGCAUCACUGAGGAGGAGGAGGAGGCUGCAGGGGAAGGCCUCCAAGGAGCAGUAGGGCCGGCAGCAGAGGAGGAGGUGAGUGAGCCAGUGUCUGAGGCAGGGGAGUCCCCAGGGCAGGGAGGGUCUGCAGGGGAGGACGCUACGGUGGGUGCUGUGUCAGAGGGAGAGGAGGCUGUGGAGGGUGCUGACGUGGCAGCAGGUGGGAUUGCCAGAGCUGACGGCCCUGAAGGAGAAGAGGCUGUUGAAGAAGACGUUUCUGAAGGGCAAGAGGCUAUGAGAAAGCCUGGGGCUCUCUGGGAACCACCGGGGGAUAAGGAAACAGGAGAAGCAGUGCCUGGAGGGGAGGGGUUUGUAAAGCCAAGUGAGUUUUCCCAGCUGCAGGCGUCAGGGGAAGAGUGGAUGGAGACGGGGAAAGGUGUCCCAAGAGCAGCAGCGCUUGAGAGUGCUCAGGCGUGGGAGGUGGGAGGGAAUGCUCUCCGGAGAGCGGAGGACACGAUGGAAGAGUCUGUGGAGCCUGACAAGGGUCCUGUACUGGAAGUGACACCUGGGUUAGGGGCACUGGGGGGUGCUCGGGGGGAUCCUGUCACUGAAGGGUCAGUACAGGAGGAGGAGGAGGAGGAGAGUGCAGCACUUAGGAGUGGAAACCCGUCCGAGGGCAGCAAAGCAGAGACAGAGAGGGCAGUGAGAGGAACAGCCGAAGGAGAGGUGGUGGGAGGGUCUGCAGGGGCGGCCGGAGCGGGCUCGGGAGGUGAAAAGGAGGCCACAGAGGGAGCAGCAGGUUCAGAGGAGCCGGCAGCUGGGACGGAGGGGUGGCUGAGCUGUGUUGAAGUGAGAGGGAAGGGGAGGUCUCCCGGGGAGGGGGUGGUGGGCGAGGCGGCGCUGCCGGCCCCGGGGCUGGGCGGGCCCCGGGCAGGGCAGCCCGGGCUGGUGGCCAUCGCCGUGCUGGGCGGCCGGGCCGCGCCGGGAGCCCUGGCCGGGGACCCGACCGUGGCUGGGCUGGGCACACGGGCGGUGGCACAGGAGGGGGUGACAGGAGCGGUGCUGGGGGCACAGGAGGUGCCAGCCAAGGGAAGGGCGGCGGUCGGGGAGCCUGGGAGCGGCGGGGAAGGGGUGGCCGAUGGAGCUGUGGCUGGUGGGCGAGCGGUGAGCCAGGAGGCAGCAGGAGGGUGCGAGGGAAGGGCAGAGACACCGGCGGGAGCCGAGCGCCGGGACGAGGCGGGGCGGGAGUCGGGCGCAGGGCGGCUCGGGUCCCCACGGCACGGGGAAGUGCUCGGAACAGGGGCCCUGGGGGAACAGGCGGCUGCAGAAACCUCCCCGAGCACCCCUGCCCGCGGCGAUGGGCGGCUGGAAGCGAGGGGCAGAGGGUCCACAGGAGGCGAGGGGCUGUGCCUGGGCACCCAGCCGCAGCUGGCAGAGACAGGGACAGCGCGGGGCGAGGACGGGCGGCAGGAGCAGGGCAUGGAGCGGGCAGCAGUGAAAGGCGAGGGGGAACAGCCCUGUGAAAACACGAGAGAGAGCGAGGUGGCGGAUGUGCCGGAGGGUGCCGGGGGCGCUGCUGGAGCCGGGGAGCAGAGGAAGGACAGUCCCGCCGGAGCGAGCCCGCGGGUCCUGGCAGCCGCUGCGGUGGGCGAGAGGAGCCGCAGGCCCUGGCAGGACGGUGCAGACCCAGACCCACCCAUCAUGUCCUCAGAACAGCCUCAGGAUGGGGAAGAAACUCUGCUCUGAGCUUUUUCUGCACUGCUCAGUGUUGUGUCGUGCAG